AUGGAAGUCAAUACAAGUGUAUCAGCUACGGAAGAGCCUCAUGUGGUGAGUAUUGAUCAGGGAACAAGUAGCUCCCGAGUGAUCGUAUUCUCAGCUCUGACCGGCAAUGUGGUCGCCACGCAUCAAAUCCCCGUCACGCCAACCUAUCCAGCUUCCGGAUGGAUUGAGUUAAAUGCGAACGAACUUUACGAGACGACUUUGAGCUGUCUAAAUGAAUGUGCAAAACAGAUUCAAAGUCAGGGCAAAGACUUGACGAGUAUCGCGUCCUUGGGUGUGACCAAUCAGCGUGAAACUACAAUCGCCUGGGAUCGAGUCACUGGCAAACCACUGGCUCCGGCAAUUGUCUGGUCCGAUGCACGUACGGCUGAUUUGGUGAAAAAGUUCACUUCGAUGACGCCCGGACAAGAUGUGAAUGCGUUUCAGGAGAAAACCGGUUUACCGAUCCACAGCUACUUCUCCGCGCUAAAACUGUGUUGGUUAUUGGAGAACGAUGCCGCCGUGUCUGAAGCUAAUCGACUUGGCACCCUGUUAGUCGGUACUGUGGACUCUUGGAUCAUAUGGCGCCUGACGAACGGGCAAAGUCAUGUGACUGAUGUCACCAACGCUAGUCGAACAAUGCUAUUCAAUCUGCAUACACUCAACUGGGAUCCGGACUUGUGUAGAUUUUUCAAAAUUGAUCCAAAAAUACUUCCCAAAGUGGUUUCCUCGUCCGAAGUUGUUGGUGAGAUUCAGGAUCCAAAGUGUGCAAUGGGAUCAGUGAAAAUUGCUGGCAUUUUGGGCGAUCAGCAAGCUUCACUCGUUGGUCAAACAUGGCCGUCUUCAGAGGGAUCUACCGGAAGUAAUCAAUCAUUUGGUCCCACAGUGAAAGUCACCUACGGAACCGGAGCAUUUAUGUUAUGGGAUAUUGGCAACUCACCAUUCUUUUCCAAAAAUGGAAUUUUGACAACCGUUGCAUUUAAAAUGGGACCGAAGGCUGAAACGCAUUAUGCAUUAGAAGGAGCUGUAUCCUUCGCCGGUGCAACAAUCAACUGGUUACGUAACAAAUUAUCGUUGUUCUCAGACUACAAAGAAUUGGAAGCGUUAGCCCGAGAGGCGUACAAGAAUCAUCGUGAGGAUAUGCCAGACUCGUGCUACCUGGUACCAGCAUUCAGUGGAUUGUUUUGCCCAUGGUGGCAGGAGACUGCUCGGGCCACACUUGCCGGUCUGACUGCCGAUGUGGACAGGAGUGCAUUUAUAUACGCUGCUCUGCGAUCGUCUGUCUAUCAGACGUACGACGUUCUCCGAGUGGCCACGAUGGCCGAGGGUCGUUCGGCGGCCGGUGGUGCAACAUUGACGAAACCGCGAGAAAUUGUUGUAGAUGGUGGUAUGGCUAACAGCGUGGUACUCAUGCAAAGUCUGGCUGAUAUAUUGAACAUGAUCGUUCGACGACACAAUCAUUCGGAAAUGAUGACCGCACUGGGUGCGGCGAUUGCUGCCGCACUGGCCGUCGGACUGGAUCCGAGCGGGCUUUUGAAACUGCGACAGUUCCCGAAAACAGCCGAUCCGCCACCGCAUUACUUUACUCCGAGCAUUCUUCCACACGCACGCCAAGUCAUGCUUACCGGUUGGCACGCGGCCGUCGAGCGCAGUCUGGGCUGGAUAGACGCUUCGUUUCCAGAGGAAUCGCACGAUUCAUUGCUCUCUUUGCUGCAUAAUAUAAAUGAAACGAAAAAGAAAACAACCCAUGAACACAAACAACACAACGUUCGGCACAAUGAAUUCGUUCUGUCCAAUGGCAAACUGUUCCUGUUGUUGGCCCUGGCUGCCGGACUCGGCGUUCUGUACGGACAACACCGGAUGCAAUGA